AUGACAAUAGAUGAAAGCCAAAUCCUUGUAUUCCUUAAGUACCUUUCUAGUUCUUUUGAUAGCAAUACGAUAACCUUUUCUAAUGAAAAUGAAAUUGGAUUAGAUGAAUCAAUUGCAUCUGAUGCAUCCGAUGUAUCAGAAAAUUUACAUAGUAAACAGAUUAUAAAACAAAAAGCUUUUACCCGUACUAAAAGAUCGAGAUCGCAAAAAAGUUGGGUGUGGGACUAUUUUAAGAAAAAUAAACUCGAGAAAAAGGCCUAUUGUUUAGUUAAAGUACAAAAUGAAAAUAGUAUUGAAGUAAAAUGCAAUCAUGACUAUGAAUUAUCAACUGGAACAGGAAAUCUAAAAUCUCACCUACGCCAAAUUCAUAUAAUUUUACCUCCUGAGAAAAAUAACAACAAAUUAACACAAAUAGUUUCAAACCAACAAUCCUUACAUGACUUUAUAAAUAAAAAAGUGCUUUUGCCUUCUUUAAAACAAAAUAAAAUUACCAAUCGUAUUUUAGCUUGGAUCGUAGAUGACUUACAACCAUUUUAUGCCAUUGCAAAUGAAUCUUUCCGAGAUAUGAUUCUUGAAUGUGAACCGAGAUUUGAAUUUUCUUGCAAAGAUAAACUAAAAGAAAAAUUAAUGCAGUUAGUACUCUAUGCCGAACAACAGCUCAAAAGUCUAUUGGAAACGACAAUGGACUCUUUUUGCUUUACAACAGACCUGUGA